AUGCCUCACAUUGCACCCACCAUUGCGAGGCAGGCCCUGCGCAUUGCCUCUCGCCGCUACCCGUCGGCUGCCUUUUCACGCGUCUCUGGAGCCGCUGGGCGUCGUCACUAUGUCAGCGAGUCCAAGACUUCGCAGGCGACGAUCAACGUCGACACUGCCAUCAAACAGGAGCAGCGCGCCUUUCUAGACAAGACAGGUGAACGCCCGAGUGAUGUGAAGAUGCCGACAACGGGCAUGGGCGCCGAUGCCAUGAUGAGCCCCACCGCUGGUAUACUCAAGGAGGCCACCAUCAUGGACCAGGGCUCGCGGCCCAUCUACUUAGACAUGCAGGCCACCACGCCCAUGGAUCCCCGUGUUGUAGAUAAGAUGCUGCCAUUCAUGACCGGCAUGUACGGCAACCCCCAUUCGCGAACCCACGCCUAUGGGUGGGAGACCGACAAAGCCGUAGAGGAAGCUCGCGCAAACAUUGCUGAUCUGAUUGGCGCGGAUCCAAAAGAAAUCAUCUUCACCAGUGGUGCCACUGAGAGUAACAACAUGAGUAUAAAGGGCGUAGCGCGAUUCUUCGGACGCGGGGGCAAGAAGAAGCACAUCAUCACAGCACAGACGGAGCACAAGUGCGUGCUCGACAGCUGUAGACAUUUGCAAGAUGAGGGCUUCUCCGUCACUUACCUGCCAGUAGGAAGUAAUGGUCUCAUUGACAUGGCCCAGCUCGAGGCGGCGAUGCGUCCAGAAACGGCCAUUGUCAGCAUCAUGACGGUCAACAACGAGAUUGGUGUCGUCCAGCCGGUUGAGGAGAUUGGAAAGCUCUGUCGAUCGAAGAAGGUAUUUUUCCACACCGACGCGGCACAAGCCGUUGGCAAGAUUCCCAUCGACGUCAACAAGAUGAACAUCGACUUGAUGUCAAUAUCGGGGCACAAGAUAUACGGGCCAAAGGGCAUCGGAGCAUGCUAUGUGCGACGACGGCCGAGGGUCAGGCUUGAACCCAUCAUCAGCGGCGGUGGCCAAGAGCGCGGUCUGCGAAGUGGUACACUAGCACCCCCUCUUGCCAUUGGCAUGGGAGAGGCUGCGCGGCUCUGCAAAGAGGACAUGGAGUACGAUACCAAGCGUAUCACAGCGCUAUCAAAUCGUCUCCUCGAAGGCCUACUUUCCCUCGAGCACACCACACUCAACGGUGACCGUGAGCGACAUUAUCCCGGUUGUGUCAACGUAUCGUUCGCCUACGUCGAGGGAGAGUCGCUUCUCAUGGCGUUGAAGGAUAUCGCUCUCUCUUCUGGCAGCGCCUGCACUUCUGCAUCGCUCGAACCCAGCUACGUUCUGCGUGCUCUUGGCAGCAGCGACGAGAGUGCACACAGCAGUAUCCGCUUCGGCAUCGGGCGAUUUACAACCGACUCGGAGAUUGACUACGUGCUGAAGGCGGUCAAGGAGCGGGUGACAUUCCUGCGAGAGCUGAGUCCGCUAUGGGAGCUCGUGCAAGAGGGUGUUGACCUCAACACGAUUGAAUGGAGUCAGCACUAAGGCAUGCGUCAUUUUGAUACCCCUGGCGGAACUUGUAUAGUAUGGAGGCGUACAUUCUUUUUAGCACUAGUUAUGGCCACGCUCGCUGAAGCGUUCACGAGAGACAUGACUGUUAUUUACUGUACUAUACGAUAGAGCUCUACGAAUGAAAUGGAUUGAGC